AUGGUCCACAGGUGGAUCAAGUGCAGGGUCUGCACUGUAGCUCAUGACAUUGAGAUUCAACAGUUUAGCAAACAUGUGCGUCAAAAAAAACACCUAAAGCGAGUUGCUGAGUUCGAGAGCACCAAACCAUCAGCCUACGUGCAACAAGAAAUUCAGUUUGCAGAGCGAUGCCAAAUCGCACAAACAACGGAUAUGGAGACGGAUACCGGUCCCAGCCCAACCCAGCAUUCCGCGGGAGAUAGCAACGACAACGGGAUGGAAUUUUUCUCUCACAAUGAUGAGUGGAGUUCAAUCGAAAUCGAUGAUGCAUCAAAUGCGCCGCCGCAGCUCACUUCGGAAGAUUGGAUGACACAAAUAUUGUCAAAGUGUCCCAACCCAAAGGGCGACCUGUCAGGUUACUUCUCGACCGAGGAAGAAACGACUCCGAUCGAUGGUCUCACGAGAACACCCAUGAAUGCGCAAUACUUUCACUGCAAUUUGGAGUUUGGAUGGGGACCCAGGUUGCUUACUGCUUGGGCAGCGCAGCGGAACACUUCGCUAGACAUCCUACAACGCAUGGGUGCAACCAAUCCCCUAUUCUGCAUUCUUCUUGCAUAUCUUACAAACCGCCUCACCAAUAUUGAGCAGCGUGUUCUUGUUGCGCUAAUGGUAUACAUGUCGGAUCCGUUGAAUCGUGGACUUCCAAUUCCAGAGAACCACGCACAACUGAGAAAUUGCUAUGGACCUGAUGGACGAGAGUCAAUUCCAAAUAUACUCCCGCGACCCAUCAUUCAAAUUCUUGAUACAGGGUUUGCCUACGUCUCGAUUCGCGACAUUCUCCAAUUCCAUCUAGCCAACGGCCAGACUUUGGAUCCUUUGGUCGAUGCACCAUACUCCCCCCAGUCCAAGAAUGUUCAAUCACUCCACGGAUCUUCUCAGAGAGGAAAGGAUCUUGUCGCGUUUUCAAACGAGCAAAGCAAUGCCCAGCCGACCGAGUUUAUAUCUGAAGUUGUGAUUUGGUCUGAUGCUUUUGAUACCAACAAUACCAAAAAUAAUCGAGGCUCCGUACAUGUUGUACUUGUAUCCGUCGGUACCCCUGGAGAUGAUUAUCAUUCUGGUCGCAAUACUUACCCGGUCUCCCUUGGUCCGUCCAAUGGUGACAUGACCACUGCCAUGGAAAAGCUCGUUAGGGAAUUGACAGAGUUAUUCAAGGGCCAGAAAAACAAAUUCUUUCAUGCCGCAUCACAGAAGGAACUGGCGGUUUCCCUGCGUGUGUACUGCUUUCUCCAAGAUCGACCAGAACGAUGUUCUUGGCUCGGUCUCGCAUAUGGUAAUGGAAGAUACGGGGCAAGAUUCGGUUGGGCAGGAGACCUGUCACAAAGCUGUGCGUACAAACGUUUGCCUUCCUGUUCUGACUGCAAUGCUCUGCGUUUAUGCAGUCCAGACCAACUAUUCCGGGAGCAACCUACUAACAAAAUAACAAUAUAA